AUGUACUUGGCGCGACAGCCCUUGAACGGGCUCAAGCCUACCGGCGACGUCCCUGCCUCGCGGCCAUGGGUUAAGUGGGUACACGGAUGGGCGGGCGGACUAGGUCACGUGGGACUCGCCUAUAUAACUGAGUGUACAGAGCCAGGUAGGUCAGGUUCUGGAGACGGAUGGCGAACCUCGGCAUCAUUAGUUGAGCGAGCCUUGCGGACCUUAUGUCCGGGGAGCGAUGGCUGUGUAGGUGAGUGCCACGAUUACACGCCGAUUACUCAAUCGGAUAAGAUCGCUCCUGCGAGUCGGAGCAAACAAGCCGUUAGCUUCCCAGCUAGGGAUACUAUCACGAAUAAUAAUAAUAAUAAUAAUAAUAAUAAUAAUAAUAAUAAUAAUAAUAUAUAUUGCACGUGCCGCGCACCGCGAAUUUGCGCCGUGACGCACGUCAGGGCCCUCCCGUGCACGACGUCUGAAUUCGAAAACAGCCGCCGGGCGGCGACGUGCGCGCCCCUGGCGGCAACCUCGGCAGACGGAGCUCCCCUCCCCGGCGCGCGGCGGGCGCGGGCGCGUGAGCGAGAGAGAGCGCCGCCGCCGCCGCCGCCGCAGUUGGCGCGGCCCCGAGCACCCGAGCGCCUAGGCGGAGAUGCGGGCGUGCGUUGCGGGCGGUGCGUUGGCUGGCCGGAGCUGCUUGGUGCCGUUGCUGCUGCCUUGCUGGCCUUGCCUGCCAUCCGCCGUGAUCCCUCUGCCACGAGACACGAUCGAGCAGUGCAGCUUGUCUGCAGUGGUACAGAUGCUGCGAGCGGGGCGUCGGGUGGUGCGCUGCUGCGGGCGGUGUUGACGACUCGUGGGCCGACACGCCGCCAUCGCCUGUGGCCUAGUACGGCGCCCAGGAGAGCAACGCCACCGCAGCCGCCGCCGCCGCCGCCGUCGGCGCCCGCGGCACCCGCCGCCACAAGAUCUUCGCGCCAUGGCGCGCCGCUUCGUGGGAACUUGGCUGUAGGUCUGUCCGCUCGGCAGGCUGCCGGGCCGCCGGGAGGGCGCCCGCACCGCGGGGGCGAGAGGGGGUCGAGGGGGGCGGAGGCACCCGUGAGCGGCGGUGGCGGUGGCGGUGGCGGCGACGGAGGCGGUGCCUGCCUGCUGCGCUGCGCAGAGCUCACCCUACUUUUGCGCUGCUCUCUAUCCGGCGUCGGAAUCGACUGGUUGGCCGCCUAUCCAGCUGAUCGCUCAAGGAAGUGUUAA